AUGACUACAACACGUUUACAUAUGUCUGCUGAAGAUCUAAGUAAAGAUUAUUUAUCACCAUAUCGUGUAUCAACUCCAAUGACAUCAAUCGGUACUCAAGAAUUACCAUUAGAAGAACUUGAAUAUGGAGUUUUAAUUGAUCUUCUUCAUGAACUUCAAAAUGGUGUUAUAAGAAAACCUGAUCAUUUUAAUAAUAUUCAUUUUUUAUUAUUUUUAUUAUAUGAUUCUUAUGGUUAUCCACGAGAUCGUUAUCCAUUGUGGCGUUGGUAUCAUAGAAUUAAAAAGAAACUUAUUACAGCAAAACAUUUAACAAUCGAUAAUGAUAAUGUUCGUCAACGUAUUCUAACUGCACUUGAACAUCUUCUUGAUGCAUCACCAACAAUAACAGCAUUACUUGAAGAUAGUGUUCAAUUAGAACAACAAUAUCUUCAUUCUCCAGUUCAUGGUUUAUUCAAAUCCUAUACAGCAUUACAUACAUAUAUAUAUAUGGAACAAAUAGAUAAACCAAUCUUAAAUGAAAAUACCAAAAUAUAUAGUAUAUUACAAUCAGCAAUUAUAAAAUUACAACGAUAUGAUAAUUGUGAUUUAAUACAUUUUGCUAUCGCACAUAAAAAAACAAGUUUAUUAAAUAAAAUUUUUGAAAAUAAUGUUAAUUGGUUAGAAAAAUCGAUGAGUUCAGUUACAGAACGUGGAUGGUUACCAUUACAUUAUGCUUCUUAUGUUGGAGAUAAAGAAACAGUUAAAAUAAUAUGUGAUACAUUAACAUCACCGACAUCAACUAUACAAUUUGAUAGUUUAUCAUUAUUAAUUCCUUUAUUUAAAACACGAGAAUUUGAAUAUAAUCCACAUACAUAUAUUCUUAAAGCAUGUGGUGUUGAACGUGAAACACAUCAAACAAGACAACGUAAACAUACAGCAACUACAUUAGAACCAUCACUUUCACUUGAUAGUCAUAAUAUAAUGUUAAGACAACAAUAUCUUCAACAAAAAUUUCGAUCACAUAUUGAUUUACAAACAGCAAAAGAUCAACCAUCAUUAGCAACAAAUAAUGGAACGGAUGAUCAUCAUAGUAAUGGAAUUUCAACAAAUAUUGCAAAUGAUAAUGACAUUCCAGAUGCGGAUGAACUUGAAUUAAGUUCAUUACCAUUAAUACAACGUGAAGAAUUUAUUGAUAAAGUUAUACAUGGCUAUGAUACAAAACAUAUGCUUAUACCAUCACCACUUAUUCUUGCAUGUGUUGCAACAUGUGGUGAUAAAGCUGAUUAUGAAGAGAUUGUUAGAAUAUUACUUGAAUCUAAUCUUGUUGAAUUUGAUGGACUUAAUCAUGAUUGUAUAUUACAUCGUGUACUUCAAUAUAUGCAUAGAAAAGAUUAUGCAUCAUUUCAACAUGUACAAGUAUAUCGUGAAACUGAAACAGAAGGACCAUCAGCAUUUGUAUGUUAUCAAUUCGAUGGUUUUAUUGUUAAUCAAGAUGUUAAACCAGUUUCAGGUGCAUUAUCUGGUUCAUCUGUAACUUUAAAUACAUCGAAAAAUGAUGAAUCAGUUGGAUCCGAUGAUGGUCAUCAAACAGAAACACCUAUAAGUGUUCGUUGUUUUUUAACCGUUUUAGUUUUACGUGAUAUAUUUCUUCAAUAUCCACGUUGGGAUUUUCAUUUAUUACGUGAAAAUAUUGAAAAUCAUUUUUCUGAAUUAGAAAAUGCACUUGGUUGUCGUCCAACAAUAUUAUAUCCUGAUGGUGAUGUUAUAUCAUCACGUAAACGUAGUGAUGUAACAUGGGAAGUAACUGUCAAAUAUCAUUUAAGUUCGGAAACAGGUCAAUCAUUAUAUUUACAAGUUGAUUAUAAUUUUUUUGAAUCAUUUGGUGAUCCAUUAUCAGAUGCUUUUGCAAAUUUUUAUCAAACACCAUUUUAUGUUUCAUGUAUGACUGAUUCAACUGUUAUGAUGGAUAUAAUAUUUGAUUCAUUUUUUAAACGACGACAUCUACAUUGUUGGGGUACAGUUGCUGAACGACAUUUAGAACAUUGUUUUGAUGGUGUUUUACAAAUAAAAAAUAAUUGUACAACAUUUUUAGCAUUAUGUACAACAUUAAGUCGUUAUUAUCAAGUUGAAGGUGAUCCAUUUAUUGAAGAAAAUUCUGCUACAAUACAACGUAUAUUUGUUCAUGCAUUUGCUUGUUGUGUACGACGUAAUGCAAAAAUUGAACUUGAUUAUUUAAUAAAAAAUCAUGCAUUAAUUUAUUAUGAUUCAUGUCGAACAAAACCAAGUGAUAUUCGACAUAAUAUCUUAACUUAUUGUGUAGUAAGAAAUCUAGCGAAUGUGUUCGAUCAAUUAAUGACAAAUAUGAAAACAACGAUGUAUAAAACCUAUCAAAAUUCAACUAAUCCAGAUUGGCAACCACAUAUUGCUUGGAGAGAAAUUAUACAUGUUAUUAUCGAUCCUGUUUCUCAACAACUCAAUGUUAUUAAUGAACAAAGUGAUUUUACUCAAUUAGCUUGUUAUGGUGAUACAAUUACAAAUUUUGCAUCAAUUGGUAGUAUACCAAUACUUCAUGCUACUGGUGAUGAAUAUGUUCGUUGUAUUAAUAUACGAAAUAAUAUUAUAUCGAAAGCUAAAAGAAAAUUACCAAGAGCAUUAAGUGAUACAAAUAAACAUCGACCUAUAUCACGUCGAAUGAAUAGUUUUGAUCAACAACAAAUAGAAGAUGCUGUAAGUCAUUCAACAAGUGGAAUGACUAGUGGAAAUAAUAAUAAUGGAUUAAGUAGUAGUAAUUUAGCAGUUGGUGGAAUAUCAAAUGGAAGUUUAUCAAAGAAAUCGAAGAAUAUUUUUAAAAAUGUCAAUCGAUUAAGAUGGGGAAAGAGUGACCGACAACAUUCAUCUACAUCAAGAAGUGAACAACAGCAGGGAGCUACGAGACGUGUCAAUUCACCGACAGCAACAACUGCAAUUGAUGAACUAGCAAUGCCUUCAGAUGCAAUCAGUUUAGUAAGUAACAGCACUUUUUAA